GGGCGGGGCCUGCGCUGCGGGAGCGGCGUCCGGUGACCCUAGUCGGGUCGGUCCCGGGCCGGCGGCGCGAUGGCGAGGACGUGGAGGCCGAGUCCGUGGCUGGCGCCGCUGCUGCUCUGCUGGGCCCUGGCGUGCCGCGGCUCCGGCCUGCUGCCCCUGGUGCUCAACACGUGGCCCUUUAGGAACGCGACCGAAGCAGCGUGGACAACGCUGCUCUCGGGAGGCUCAGCCUUGGAUGCCGUGGAGAAGGGAUGCACCAUGUGUGAGAUGGAGCAGUGUGACGGCACCGUGGGCUUCGGCGGGAGCCCCGACGAAACGGGGGAGACCACCCUGGAUGCCAUGAUCAUGGACGGCACUUCUUUGGAUGUUGGAGCCGUUGGAGAUCUGAGGCAUAUUAAAAAUGCUAUUGGUGUGGCACGGAGAGUAAUGGAUUAUACCUCACACACAUUUUUAGUCGGGGAGUCAGCCACCAAGUUUGCUGAAAGUAUGGGGUUUCUUCCUGAGGAUUUAUCUACAAGUGUUUCUCGAGCAAUUCAUGCAGACUGGCUUGCUCAGAGUUGCCAGCCAAAUUAUUGGAAGAAUGUUGUACCAGAUCCUUCCAAAUACUGUGGACCCUACAAACCACCUAAUCUCUUUAGAGCACGGGAAUCUUUCGGUGAAGAUUCAACAUACAAGUAUGGGCAUGAUACUAUUGGCAUGGUUGUCAUCCAUAAGCAGGGCCGUAUUGCAGCUGGAACAUCUACAAAUGGUAUCAAAUUCAAAAUACCUGGCCGAGUUGGGGACUCCCCCAUUCCCGGAGCUGGAGCUUAUGCUGACGACACGGCCGGGGCGGCUGCCGCCACUGGGAAUGGGGAUAUAUUGAUGCGCUUUCUGCCGAGCUACCAAGCUGUACAGUACAUGCGACGAGGAGAAGGACCGGCGAGAGCUUGCCAGAAAGUGAUUUUAAGAAUUCAGUCUUAUAUUCCAGACUUUUUUGGGGCUGUGGUGUGUGCCAACAAAACUGGACAUUAUGGUGCUGCUUGUAAUAGACUUCCAACAUUUACUCAGUUUAGUUUCAUGGUUUAUAAUUCUCUAAGAAACCAGCCAACUGAAGAAAAGGUAAACUGCAUCUAAUCCGUCUUUCCUGUCAGCAUCUAUUGCUAAUGAAGAACGAAACAAAGGCACUCUCAUGUAGACUGUUGUGUGUUCUGAAUUCUGUGUGUCAAAUCAGCACAAGAAUAAAUACAUGCUGGAGUAGCA